GUGUUUGUUGUAAGCCUGGCAGUUGCAGACUUGGUUGUAGCAAUCUACCCAUAUCCACUGGUCCUCACAUCUGUAUUUCACAACGGAUGGAAUCUGGGAUACCUUCACUGCCAGAUUAGUGGCUUCUUGAUGGGCCUAAGUGUCAUUGGAUCCAUCUUCAAUAUUACAGGCAUCGCUAUCAAUCGGUACUGCUAUAUCUGCCACAGUCUUAAAUACGACAAGCUGUACAGCGACAAGAAUUCAUUGUGCUAUGUUGUUCUUAUCUGGGUCCUAACAUUUGUUGCUAUUGUGCCCAACCUGUUUGUGGGAUCGCUACAAUAUGAUCCCAGGAUUUACUCAUGUACAUUUGCACAAUCUGUGAGCUCAGCAUAUACAAUAGCAGUUGUGUUUUUCCAUUUCCUGCUUCCCAUAGCCAUAGUUACUUUCUGUUACUUGAGGAUAUGGAUCCUGGUUAUUCAGGUAAGGCGAAGGGUUAAACCAGAUAACAACCCCAGACUGAAACCACAUGACUUCAGAAACUUUGUAACCAUGUUUGUGGUAUUUGUACUAUUUGCAUUCUGCUGGGCUCCUUUGAACUUUAUAGGCCUUGCUGUGGCUGUCAAUCCUGAAACUAUAACCCCUAGGAUUCCAGAGUGGUUGUUUGUAUCUAGCUAUUACAUGGCAUAUUUCAACAGCUGCCUUAACGCUAUCAUAUAUGGACUCCUGAACCAGAACUUCAGAAGAGAAUACAAAAGAAUUAUUGUCACUUUCUGUACAGCAAAAGUUUUUUUCCAGGAUAGUUCUAAUGAUGUGGGAGACAGGAUGAAAAGUAAACCUUCUCCAUUGAUUACAAACAACAAUCAAGUGAAGGUGGACUCUGUCUGAAAAUGGGAAUCUUACUGUCACUCAAGAGCAUCCAAAUAAAGUAUCUGUUUUGUUAGACCUUCUGUUAAAUAUUAUAGUGAAAAAUCUCUUCUACACUGAAAGCACUUUGAUCAAAUUCCUUGCAUGGUAUUUGGGAACUCCAGUUACAGAGCCUUGACAUACAGAUCCUGUUAUACAAUGGUAUAUCUCUCAUACAACACGAUUAUAUCCUUGAGGGAAUUACAAAAUUAUGCAUGGAUACUUUUUUUCAUUAAAUGCAGAUAAACAACUAGAAACAGAUUGAAACAGAAGUAUCCACAUUGCCUGGCCCAAUAAAAGAAAUCACAAAACUAUUCCUAGUACUUUCUGCCUGCUGCUUCUGGCCAGGUUAUGGUCCUGAUUCUAAAACC